AUAAUAAUAAUAAAUGACUGUCAGUGUCAGCGACAAGUGUUAAGUGUCAAGUAAAAUAUAAAAAAAUUAAAUUUAUAUAAUAUUAAGUUUUUGAAAAUAUAAUUUUUUAAAAAAUUCAAAAUGGCGGGCCAUGAUUAUUUAAAUGAUCCAAAGAAUCCGUUUUUUUCACUAGAAGAUGAUAUCGACGACGAAGCAUUUUUGCAGAGUGCACCACAAAGAGCGAUAACGAACAAUAAUCCAUUUUUGAACUUUGACAAUAAUCUUGAGCAACAGAAACAGCAGCUUCUUGAACGUAAGAAAGCCGUUGAAGAGAGGACAAUUAAGUCAUCUGAAAGAUCGAUGACAUUGCUGAGAGAUUCUGAGCAGAUUGGAGCUGCUACUGCAGAGGAACUGAUUAGACAAAGAGAGCAGCUUGAGAGAACUGAAAAAAGACUUGACGACAUAAACAGCACGCUGCGAUUUAGUCAGAAACAUAUCCAAGGAAUAAAAAGUGUGUUUGGUAGUUUAAAAAAUUAUUUAAGCGGCAAGUCCGUGGAUUCUCCAACGCCCACUCUCACUGGCGGUAAAUUAUCCGAACCAGAAUAUUCAGGAUCGUCGAGCAGUGUCUUGAAUGACAAAAUUGAAGAGUCUAGAUUGAAUUUGGCUGCUCAACAUCCUUCGCUUCAGCGCAGAGGGCUCUUAGGUAACGAUAAUUACGAUGAUGAUGACAACGGUGGUCAGCAUUAUAAAGUACAAAGCACAAACGUCAGUAAAAUAUUAGAACGUAAUUUAGAUGAAAUGAGUGGGUCAUUAGCGAGAUUAAAAGGUCUAGCUAUAGGUCUGUCCGAAGAAAUUGAUUCACAGAAUGAUUUAAUUGAAAACGUCAUGACUAAAACAGACAAAGCCGACAUUAUGCUCGAGAGACAAAACAAAGACAUGAGACACUUGUUGAAAAAGUAAACGAUAAAUAAUUACUGCGUACUAUUACUAUAUUUAAUAAAACCAGGACUUGUAUAUUUGUCCGUCAAACGAAUUAAUAAUAAUUAUUAUUAAAUGUAUAAAGACUACCAAGCAAUUCAUAGUAUAAGUAUCCCGUUAUUUGUAUACACGUAAAAAAAAAUUUCAUUAAAUUUUUUAUUUAUGUGCAA